AUGGAGGACGAUUUCGAGUUCCCAAGUGCUGGCAACAUGGAAAUGGGUGAGGCUGAUGAAAUGGAGAUGGAGAGUUCGGUUCUGAAGGUUGGUGAGGAGAAGGAGAUUGGGAAGAAGGGAUUGAAGAAGAAGCUGUUGAAGGAAGGUGAAGAAGGGUGGGACACCCCUGACAUUGGCGAUCAAGUUGAAGUGCAUUAUACAGGAACCUUGCUUGAUGGAACCCAAUUUGAUUCUAGCCGUGACAAGGGUACCCCUUUCAAGUUCAAGCUUGGCCAAGGGCAAGUGAUCAAAGGAUGGGAUGAAGGUAUCAAAACCAUGAAGAAGGGUGAAAAUGCCCUUUUCACAAUACCUCCAGAAUUGGCUUAUGGAGAGUCUGGGUCUCCUCCCACUAUUCCCCCUAAUGCUACUCUUCAGUUUGAUGUGGAGUUGCUGUCUUGGACUAGUGUCAAGGACAUUUGCAAGGAUGGAGGAAUAUUAAAGAACAUAAUCACUGAAGGGGAGAAAUGGGAUAAUCCUAAGGAGCUGGAUGAAGUGUUUGUUAAGUAUGAAGCUAGGCUUGAAGACGGGACAAUCAUUUCAAAAUCUGAUGGAGUGGAAUUCACUGUGGAAGAGGGGUAUUUCUGUCCUGCUUUGGCAAAGGCUGUGAAAACAAUGAAAAAGGGAGAGAAAGUUCUAUUGAAUGUGAAGCCACAAUAUGCAUUUGGUGACAGUGGAAGGCCAGCAUCAGCAGAUGCAGGUGCUGUACCUCCAAACGCUUCACUCCGGAUUGAUCUUGAGUUAGUUUCGUGGAAGACAGUGUCUGACAUUACCAAGGAUAGGAAGGUUCUCAAGAAGACGUUGAAGGAAGGAGAGGGAUAUGAACGACCGAAUGAUGGAGCUGUAGUUCAAGUGAAACUGAUUGGCAAGCUGCAAGAUGGAACUGUUUUCCUUAAGAAGGGUUACGAUGAUGAAUCAUUCGAGUUCAAAAUUGAUGAAGAGCAAGUAAUUGAGGGACUUGAUAAGGCGGUAAAGAACAUGAAGAAAGGGGAAAUUGCAUUGGUGAUCAUACAGCCUGAAUAUGCUUUUGGUCGAUCUGGCUCCACUCAGGAAUUGGCUAAUGUUCCUCCGAAUUCCACUGUGUGCUAUGAAAUUGAGCUGCUUUCCUUCGUAAAGGAAAAAGAAUCAUGGGAUUUGAAUACACAAGAGAAAAUUGAAGCAGCUGGGAAGAAAAAGGAAGAAGGAAAUGCUUUGUUCAAGGCUGGUAAAUAUGAAAGAGCAUCUAUGAGAUAUGAAAAGGCCAUAAAGUUUAUCGAGUACGAUUCCUCCUUCAAUGAUGAGGAGAAACAACAAACUAAGGCAUUGAAAAUCACAUGCAAUCUAAAUAAUGCAGCCUGCAAAUUGAAACUCAAGGACUACAAACAGGCAGAGAAGUUGUGCACAAAGGUGUUGGAACUUGAUAGUAGGAAUGUGAAAGCCCUAUACCGGAGGGCGCAAGCAUAUAUUCAACUUGUGGACUUGGACCUAGCUGAGUUUGAUAUUAAGAAAGCCCUUGAGAUUGAACCAGACAAUAGGGAUGUGAGGAUUGAGUACAAAAUUUUGAAGGAGAAAGUGAGAGAAUGCAACAAGAAGGACGCACAGUUUUACGGCAGCAUAUUCGCAAAAAUGAAUAAAUUAGAACAAGCAAGAACUACGACAGUUGAUAGUAAAGCUUAA